AUGUCUGCAAAAAACGCACAGGGGGGUCCUGGCAAGAAGCCAACCUCGCCCGCCGUAAACUUGAUCGCUGGUGGUGGUGCCGGUAUGAUGGAAGCUCUCGUCUGCCAUCCUUUAGAUACCAUUAAGGUCCGGAUGCAGCUUUCGCGGCGGGCCAAGGCUCCUGGGGCGAAACCCCGCGGGUUCGUCACUACCGGUGUUGACAUCGUGAAGAAGGAGACUGCGCUCGGUCUGUACAAGGGUCUCGGAGCCGUGCUGGGUGGUAUCAUUCCCAAGAUGGCCAUCCGGUUCACCUCGUACGAAUGGUACAAGCAGCUGUUGGCAAACAAGGAGACUGGUCAUGUCACCAGUAAAUCCACAUUCCUUGCUGGUCUCGCCGCCGGUGUGACGGAAGCCGUGGCCAUCGUCAACCCCAUGGAAGUCGUCAAGAUCCGUCUGCAAGCCCAACACCACAGUCUUGCCGACCCCCUUGAUGCCCCCAAGUACCGCAGCGCCCCGCACGCCCUCUUCACCGUCAUCAAGGAAGAAGGCUUCAGCGUCCUCUACCGCGGUGUCUCUUUAACCGCCCUCCGACAAGGAACCAACCAGGCCGCCAACUUCACGGCCUACUCCGAGCUCAAGUCUCUCCUGCAGCGCUUACAGCCUGAAUACAGCAACACGCAGCUCCCCUCGUAUCAGACCACCAUGAUCGGAUUGGUCUCCGGUGCUGUCGGUCCCUUCUCCAACGCCCCCAUUGACACUAUCAAGACCCGUCUCCAGCGUACUCCCGGUACACCUGGGCAGUCUGCUGUGAGCCGUAUCUUGGUGAUUGCCAAGGACAUGUUCAAGACGGAGGGUGCUUCGGCAUUCUACAAGGGUAUUACCCCCCGUGUGAUGCGUGUGGCUCCUGGUCAGGCCGUCACUUUCACCGUGUAUGAGUACCUGAAAGAAAAGCUGGAGAAGUCGAAUUGGUCGCUUGUGAGGAACACAUAUGAGGAGUAA